CUGAACGCUGCCGGCAGUGGGACCUGGUUUACCCGAGCGAACGCAGUUUGCAGUCCUGAGAUGUUGACUCAGAUCCUCUUUCUCCGUGGAUGCUGCCUGACCUACUGAGUGUUCCUAGCGACGUCUUGUCUUUAUUAACUCGCGUUUGUCUCUGUUCAGCUCUGGAGGAGACGACGUAAAGCAAAAUGACCAUCUCCGACACAGCAGAUCAGACCAAGUAUGACGAUUUUGCCAUCUGCCUCGCUGAUGGCAUGUUCCACAUCCCGACUCCAGUGACGGUGGGAUUAUACGCGCCGUGGGGAUGCCGGAUAAAUCGCGUCCUGCAGAAAAUAGAAGGCCACAUGACGAACCGGGCAAAAGACUUCGAGCGGCAGCAGAAGGCCGCGGGCGGCUCGGAGAAGGGGCCCGGGGAAACUCCUCGCCGAUCCACCGGCCUCGGUUUCGUUGACCUGCUGUUCCGCUUCCUCUGCCUGAACCCUCGGCUCACGCCUCAGCACGAAGGACGCAAAAACAUCCGCUUCAUUUUCGUGAACUUCAGCGCCUGGCAGUUCGCGGGAAGCGAUUUCGUGUGGGCUGGUCUCAUCACGACCCUGUGCGACACCGUCAAAAGCGCCUUCGGGAACAUCCCACUGAGCAUCGUAAGAGCUCUGGGCGCGGACAUCGGCGUCAGCCACAAAUCGAAGCGGGAGUGGGACUGGAAGACUCUACUGGGUAUCCCAAUUUGGAUCAUUUUCCCUGCCCUCGUGCUGCUGAUUAUUCUGUUGGUCGUGCUCUUCGUAGUGGGUAGCCUCCUGGUUUUCGAUGAAGGCAAUAAGAUUAUUUUAGCCUUCGAGAGCGUGGGGGCUGGGGUGCUGGGCUGCUCGACCGUAGUGCUCGUUAAAAAUAUCUUGAUGGUGGUCAAGAAUAUGCUGUACAGCCAGAAGGACACCGUCAACAGCCUCAUGAACAAGACCAACUACAGCGCCCAGUUGGGCUUCAUGAGCGACGUGAAGAACGAGGUCAAAGUCCUCACCAACUUCAUCCGAUACAUGGAAAUCUUCGAACGCAGGAAGAUACGCAUCAUCCUGAAGAUCGUGAACCUAGACAGGUGCACCCCGGACAAGGUGGUGGGGGUGCUGGACGCGAUGAACAUCCUCCUCUCGGACCCCGAAGCCCCCUUCAUCUCCAUCCUCGCCGUCGAUCCCAGCAUCAUCGCCAGCUGCGUGGAGAGAUCGUCGCGACUCAAAGGCGUGGCCGAUAACGGAUACGUGUACCUGAACCGGAUUAUCACUCUCCCCUUUUGCAUUCCCGAGAUGGACACCGAGACCAAGUUAAUUACCUUGAAGGGCAUUAUAAAUCGCAAGACCUUGCUCAGCAGUCGUAAAGGGCCGAGCAGAAGCGAGACGGACUGCGAGGGAUCCGGCGAGGAGCGUAUACCGCUCGUCGAAGUCAAGGAGGUGAAGGGAAGGGAUGAGGUUGAACGUCAAAUCCUAAAGGCCUACGACUGUUUGGAACAUCUACAGGAGUUCAUCGAAGAGAACUAUCUUGAAAUGAGGAGGAUUGUCAACAGCGUUAACAUUAUGGUCCGACUGAUGGCGGCUCGAGGGCAACCCUUAAAUAACACCCUUCCCAGACUCGUUGCCUGGGUUAUUUUGACAAGUCAUUGGCCAACCAAGUUCAGUUGGAUAUCGCAAUGUUUGGAAGACAUGCAGCAAACGUUGAAGGAGGUUAAUGAAGAUAAAUCAUUGCUGAGCAUAUAUGAAGAGUCCUACGAUGAGUUGAAGUUAGCACACGAAGAAAUGGACAAGUUUCUGGAACUGGAUGGAGAUCCAGAACUGUUCCACACUCUCCUUGAAAAGCUCGACUUCAAAAUCCAGGACUCAAACCAAUUCCUGCCCUACACCAUCAACAUUGAUCCUUCCUUGAAACGGAAGAUGGAAUUACUCCGUGGAAAAGAGAUUUUCGGGCGGAAACAGAUAAACAAGGAUAAUGUCAAACCAUUCACUGUGCUUCAAGUCUUGAGAAUGGAUGCAAAACAGGUCUGCGAAAAGAUGGAGGAGAUCAAUUUGUUGGAAUACUCCCAAAAAGUCAUGGCCAAGAACCUGAACGGGCGGACGUUUAUUUAUUCUUACAACAACGAGAUCAGGGAGGCUUUGGAAAUGACGUCGCUCAGUGACUGGGCGACUUUCAAAGUCUACUUUCUUCAAGCCAGGCAGCAACCUUUGGAUUCCACUCUCCCGGACUGGCUGUCACGACGAGAUAAGCGAAGGUCGGGGCAGCCGUCGAGCGAAGGGGACUGCGAGAAAGUACUCAUCAACACAACUUCAGAAUCAACCGUUUAAUGUAAUGAUAAUAAUAAUAAUAAUAAUAAUAAUCCUGGCAUCUCAUACCACGCCCUUAUAUCACGUCUUCGAGACGUCUCAAAAGCGCUUCACAGGAUACACCGUGAAGUGAAUCUCUUGCAAUAAAUCUAGAUUUGAAAGGGUCAGUGAUUUGCCACGUGAUGCGAUUCUCCUAAAAUGGGUUAUAAAAUGGCGUUAAUAAAUUGGGUUUGCUGUUUGGGGUUCGAUUGGACUUGUUUUAAGUUUGAAAAUGACGAUACCGGACUGAUUUAUUGCUCUACGAAAUCUACAUACAAUAAAGUGUUGCACAUCCACA